AGUUGUGCUGUGAAGUUUUUUGCAAUAGUGAAAAGGACAAUUUUUGGGUAUUCAUUUAGGGUUACCAAGAUUUAAAAGUAAACCUCUAGUUUACAAUUUACAUUUAAUGGUACAAGAUUGAGGCUUAUAAAAAUAAUAUGAGAAAAAAAAAGCAAUAAAGCUAUAACAUUAGUUGACGUGUAAAAUAGAUAGUUGUGUGUUGUGAUUUAGUUAUUAGCAGAGUAUAAAUACGGAAGGCCAUGGCGUUAUCAGUAUUUGGAAUAUGUGACUACCUUAUAAUGGUAGCGACUAUGAUCGCUUCUGUGGCUAUUGGAGUCUAUUUCCGAUUUAGUGGAGGAAAACAGAAAACAAACGAGGAAUACCUCUUAGCCGAUAGAAACAUGUCAAUAUUACCGGUCGCGGUUUCAUUAAUGGCCUCAUUCAUGUCGGCGAUUACUCUUCUGGGAGUGUCGGCAGAAAACUACUAUUUCGGCAUGCAAUUCGUUAUCAUAAAUAUAGCCUACUUCUUAGCAACUCCGAUAGCUAGUAGAUUAUAUCUACCCGUGUUCUUUGGCCUUCAAAAAACAAGUACCUAUGAGUACUUAGAACUGAGAUUUGGGUCUCAAAUACGUAUGCUGGCGUCUCUGACGUACACUUUACAAAUGUUAUUGUACAAUGGCAUAGUGCUUUAUGCUCCAGCUAUUGUAUUAGAAUCUGUGACUGGUUUAGACAGGAUAAUAUCGAUACUAGUUGUAGGCUUAGCUUGUACGUUUUACUCGACUUUAGGAGGGAUGAAGGCCGUAUUAUUUACUGAUUUACUGCAGUCUUUGCUGAUGUUUGCCGCUGUGUUGAGUGUGGUGGUAUUUAGCGCAGUCCAAGUCGGCGGAUUCGGACAAAUAUUUGUUCGUGCCCGGGAAGGUGGACGAUUAGACUUUUCCAAUUUCAGUGUAGAUCCCACCCAGAGGCACACUUGGUGGUCACUCAUUAUUGGAGGAAUGAUAACUUACUUAUCACUGUAUGCUGUCAAUCAUACUCAGGUACAACGUCUGUUAACAGUGAGCACGUUGGACCGAUCCCAGCAGUGCCUCUGGUGGAAUUUGCCCGUGAUGUCUGCUCUCAGUAUCAUUACAUGCAUCAGUGGAUUAGGCAUCUACGCCGUCUAUAAAGACUGUGAUCCGUUGACUUAUCACGGAAUUACUGCUAUUGACCAACUGAUGCCUUACUACGUGGUACAAAUGAUGAAGUCAGCUCCCGGUCUUCUAGGAUUAUUCAUCGCUGGUAUAUUCAGUGCUUCCCUCUCCACGAUAUCAGCGGCUUGUAAUGCACUGGCCGCAGUGACUCUAACUGAUUACGUCAACAGAUGGUUCUUAAUACCUUCAUCCUAUAUACCCUGGAUGACAAAGCUAGCAGCCUGUACUUAUGGAUUCCUAUUCCUCGGCCUUGCUUUCUUGGCUGAACAUUUAGGAGGGGUAUUGCAAGCAGCUUUGACUAUCUUUGGAGCUGUUGGGGGCCCGUUGUUCGGAGUUUUUACUUUAGGCAUGUUUACUACUUUUGCAAAUGAGAGGGGCGCAUUCGUCGCUCUAUUAACUGGCAUGGCGCUUACUCUGUGGAUGAGUUUCGGCGGACCGCGACCGACGCCUGCGAAACUGCCGCUAAGCGUAGACGGAUGCGGUUUUAAUGUCACCAAUCCACUACCGGCCGUGUCGACGAACUUCAGUGACUACUUUUACCCGUACAGAAUAUCGUACAUGUGGACCAGUCCGAUUGGAUUCGUCUGGGUGUUAGCUGUUGGGACAGCGAUAUCUUUAGUGUGGCGACAGCAACAACCAUGGGAACGCGAUGGGAAACCCCAUCCUGACCCCGCGCUCUUCACUCCGCCCCUUGCCAAGCUACUUAGAAAGAAAUAUGGUGAUAAGCCUCCCGUACAGCGCGGAUUAUUGAAGGAAUCAAGUCUACAUAAUUAAUUUUUAAAAUUGAUAAGCGGCGAAACGGCUUUAUUAUGAAUUAGUAUUAAUUUAUAUCAGCCAAAACGGUUUUUUUAACCCGUAAUUGUAUACUCUUUAAGUACAUUGACUUACAUAUUUUGAAGGAUGUACUCUCGUCAAUGAACAUUAGGUUAACCUUUUUAUAAUUGAGUGACAUACUGCAAUGAAUCUUCAUUAAAAUUUGAUAUAGAUAUUAAUAUAUAGAUGCUAAGUUUGUGACACAAUAUGUAUAAACAAUACUCGUUUCGCUAUGGUGUCGUAAAUUUGAAUUAAUUAUGCUAUCAUAUGGAACGAGGUUUUGUGUUAAAAUAGGGGGGGCCAUUUGCUUAAUCUUGUGUCUGAUUUAUUAAAUAAAUCUCCCUCAGUACUUUAAGCAGAUAAUGUUAUUAAUUCGCUUUAGGUGAAAGUGGAUACAGUUAACUACUACAAGUAAUAUGUUUAAAUUAAAUUAUUUAAUAUAAAAAUUUACAUGUCUACGCCACAGUUGUCCGUUCUGCCAUUUUAUUAAAUUAAUACGUGAAGCAAAAACUUUGUAUCCCUUUUUACGAAAAUUGCGCGGACGGAGGAGUAUGAAAUUUUCCACACUUAUAGUGAAUAUAGAGAAGAAGUGCACAAAGCUAAUAUUUUGUUUAAAUAAUGCAUAAAAGAUACAUUAAAUCAAUAAAGAAAAUAUUACACACACUACAUACAUGUAUUUGACGCACACACGCAUGCAUACUAUUUAUUGUCAAACUUUUGUUCUUGACGUCUGUUGUCAAAUUGAGACUACAUUAAAUAUUGUUUGUCUUUAUCAAUAUUUUUUUAUAGAGUACCUAGCCUUACUGAAAUUUGUGAUUAUAGAAGUAUAAAAUACAAUCUUAAUAGUGUACAAACUUACAAUUCCAAUUAAUUAUAAUCGAAUUUCGACUACUGCGGGACCUCUAGUUUUAUUAAAUGUUUGUUUUGACUUAAAGUAUGACAAUAAACAUAUAUUAAUUGCAUUAUUAUAAUUACAAAGGUUGUAUAAGUAAUGUCUAAAAUAUGAAUUAUCAAAACAAAUUAUUUUGUAAUGUUUUGUUUCAAAAUAAAUUCGAUUUACGUAUUCAGACUAUAUUCGAAAUUGGUGACUCUUUCAUAAUUUCUUUAAGACCCAAAUACGAACUUCGAAUCACCAUUAUACAUACAUAUAAGGGAGGUAAUGAGUAUAUUAGGGUUUCGGUUACAUUUGUUCUUUUAUAUAUAUUUUUAUAGUACAUAUUAUUCUUUAUAUCCUUAUGUUUGUUGGGUGUAUUAAGUAAUUUGAUUAUUUGGUGACACUUUUAGAUUGUUUUUGUGAUUCGUUAAAUUAUAUUGUUAUUGAUGUAUGUUAUGUUUGCAUCUGUUUUAAAUACGUCCUGUCUUUUCUUCGUUAUGAUUUAUUUUGGUAAAAACCUACCUAUUUAUUUCAGAAGCUCAUUCGAUCGACUAUUGAUGUAUUAGAAAGAUACUUAUUUUUUACCUAGUUACAUAUAGCAUGUAUUGUUCAAAUGUUAGAUGACGUUAUUUAUUUUUUGAAACGUAAAAUGUAUGUACUUAAAAUAAAACAAUCCAAAAUA